GAUGACAGAACUUUACAUUUCGGACGAAAAAUAAUAAUAACAUGGGAAGUCCGGAAUUACCCACGGAUCCUGGACAGGACAUAUUUCCAACUCCAACGGUUGAGCAUCCGCGGGGAGGAGUGGAGAGCGACGAGGACGAUGAUUCGGACGCGUACGAUGGCUAUCAGCCACUCGCCUUGGAUGAGGAGAACGAUGGAGCGGAUCUACAGGAGAACCCAAGGGAACCGGAGGCUCCAACUGGGGAAAACGAUGGGGACCUAAUGACGGCUGAAGUCACCCAUGGUGACCCCAACAUGCCGCCCAUUGAGCCCGCUGAUGUGGAAAUCGAGAGACAGGUGUGGAGUGAGCCAAGACCCAGGGAACUCCAGAUGGAUUUGGAUAAAACAAGAACAGAGCAGAUCCUCAAAGCCAUGUCCACGAUUACCUUACCCAACAUCACCGUUCCAGAUUGGGCCAAAGGAGUUCCCGAGGAGCGCUGGAAGCAUGAGCUUCUGGACCGGAUAAACAAUCGACAGCAGCCGCCAGAAACCUCAUCUUCAUCUGCGGACAAUCCCCAGCAUUCCAAGUCCAAGAAAGAUUAGCCUUGUAUAUUUUUGUGUAUUUAGAAAAAACGUUCUCCAAUAUAUUAUAUAUAUAUAAUUUAGAA